ACUGAACGAAAAUAACGAAAACUGAACGAAUUUUCAGAAACCUCAAAAUCCGAAGGUGUCAAAGUGUCUGUGUUCGGCCAUUCUUGUUGGAAAAUUAGGAGUAUUUAAAUCGCAAAAUGCUGUCGCGAAUGGCUUUGCUGCAAGCCGCCCAGAGGCCGAUGGUGUCUCUGAUGGCAAGAUCAGCCACCAGCACAACAGGAGGCGAGCAGAGCUUCCAGCGGCCAGUGCGUCUGGAACACCCUGGAAAAGUGAGGAUGGGAUUCAUUCCGGAUGAAUGGUUCCAGUUCUUCUACAACAAAACAGGCGUAACUGGACCCUAUGCCUUUGGAGCUGGCCUGCUCACGUACCUCUGCUCCAAGGAGAUUUAUAUAAUGGAGCACGAAUACUACAACGGUCUCUCCUUUGCCAUUCUCAUUAUUGUGGGUGUGAAGAAGCUGGGACCCAAAGUGGCGGCAUUCUGCGACAAGGAGAUCGAUCGUAUUGAGGCAGAAUGGAGUGAGGGCAGGAAUGCCCAAAUCCGACAAUUUGAAGAGGGCAUUGAGGAUGAGAAGAAAUCCCAAUGGUCAGCAGAGGGACAAACUCUCCUUCUGCAGGCCAAGAAGGAAAAUAUUGGUCUUCAACUGGAGGCUACUUACCGCGAAAGGCUCAUGACGGUUUACAAUGAGGUCAAGCGCCGCCUGGAUUACCAGCUAGAAGUCCAAAAUGUUCACAGACGUAUCCAGCAGAAGCACAUGGUUAAUUGGGUGGUCAAUAAUGUGCUGAAAUCCAUUACGCCGGAACAGGAAAAGGAGCUCCUCAACAAAUGUAUUGCUGAUCUUGGUGCUCUGGCCAGCAAAGCCAAGUGAACCCUCUCCCUCUGGCACGGAAUUAGAUGAAGUUUAAUUGAAUAUCUUCGAAAUCACUGUGUUAAACUUAAGUAGCAUGGUAUGUUCGUUGGUAAAGAAAUAAAAACAUUUAAAAAAAUA